CAUGGUCUUUAUAUAUCACAUCAUCCCCAGCGCGUUCCAGAAUCCUUUUGGUCUGCCUGUCAUGGAUCCCUCACCUCCAGAGUACAACGGGCACUGCGUGUGCGCGUCACCAGAAUAUUCUCCCUGCGUAUCCGAGGGAGAGGUGCUACUCGACGCGUCUUAUUCGGCCCGCCGACGCGGAGGGUCCUCGCCCACCGGCGUCUACACCAAGGUGUUUGAUUCGACCAACGUCACCUUGUUCAACCAGGGAGACGAGCCUUCCUAUGGCAGGCAGGGCAAUGUGCAGGGCUCUGUCGCCAUCCUCAAGUGUCGAGAACGCGUGCAGAGAGUGGAAGCCCUCCUCGAGGGACGGAUAGAAACCAGCUCACUAGAUGCAGGCGCUUUCGAAACGAUAAUAUUCCGGCACGAAGCCACCCUUUGGGAUGCUGCUGAGCCGGAGACACGGCAACCCUCCUGUCCAGACGCUCUGGAUUUCUCCUUCACGUUUCCCUCCACCUUUCACGACGGCAAAGAGACAUCUCCACUCCCCCGUCGUACUCGACUACAUUUUUCGGGAUGCCGAACCUCAAUGCCCGGUGUACCUACCGACUGCGGAUCGUCAUAGCCCGCCGUUCCAAAACGCUGAAAAUGUUUGCGAAAACCCAGGUGCUGAGUCUACAUUUGAACUACCAUCCCCGCGCAACACCCUCGGACGGCAUCUCCGCGAUACAAAACUCUGCACUAGCCGACAUCAAACUCUCUCCCCAGCCGUGGUCGCAGCACUCGUUCUUCGGCGAAUCCUCUUUCCCAAUCCAAUGCGAAUUCUUCAUUCCGGCUCUGAAGGUCUUUGGCAUCAGGGACACCAUCCCCUUCCAUAUCCAGAUCUCAUCCCGAUCCGCGUCUCUGCAACAUCGCCUCCAACAACAGGAGCCCGCUUCGAGCAGGUCACCGCCAACCCGCCCCCUGGUCUGUGUCUAUCUCACACGCGUGGUGACUGCGACCUAUCGCGACAAACCCGUGUCACGAUCUCAAGUCAUUGGGAAAGGCGACAUCCCGCCUCUGCCCGUCCUCGUGGGAUCUGUGCCGGCGUGUGACAAGGAACUCAGCUUCAACCUCAGCGGGACUGUGCGCUGCGCGGAGGACGCCAUCCAGGCCGGUGGAUUCCACGUCGCGAGUCUGUCCGUCUACGACUACCUGGUGGUCGAGGUCGCCCCGGGAAAUGCGUGCCAUCCCAUUCGAUGUCAGAUCCCUGUUCGAUUUGUCACGGACUCCUUCCAUGAGGCAUAAGCUUCGACAAAAUAUGUUAUCAUUCGGAUAGAAAUGCCCAUGGACUAUGAAAUAGACUCAAAGUCACUGUAAAUAAUUAGGCAAUUCUUACUGUAAUGGUGCAAUUCAACUUGAUUCUGAUCUG